AUGAUAUACGGAAAGCGAUUUUUAGUAGAAGAUAUAAUGUUAAAUAUCUCCCAUAGUGAAGAUGAAGAUUUCGACUGCCCUCUGUGUCCCGAACAAAAAUUCUCCAAACCUGCACUGUUCAUCAAGCACAUAGACACCAAACACCAAAAACGUUACAUGUACAACUGCAGCCAGUGCGGCAAAGGAUUCCACAGCAAAACCCUUUGCAGCGAACACAUGAACGUCCACUUAGGCGUCAAACCUUUCAGGUGUAUAGUUUGCAAUGCCGGCUUCACCUACACAAAAUCUGUAGUGACUCAUCAGCUAAAAGCACACAGAGUGGAAAUCUUAGGCAAAGCCCACACAACCGAAUGUACUUUUUGCAGAAACAGAUUCGUUUCUGUAGCUUCACUGGAAAGACACGUACAACAAGUACAUUCAGGACCAAAACGACCCAAAGAAAAAAUCCACUUGUGCGACAUUUGCGGAAUGGGAUUCGCGAAAAAAAACAAAAUGGUAGUACAUCAAAGAGUUCACACAGGCGUUAAGCCUUACUCGUGCAGAUAUUGCGAAAAAAGCUUUUCCAAAUCGGGCGAGCGCAAUUGUCACGAACGAAUUCAUACGGGCGAACGGCCCUUUAGUUGCGAAUAUUGCGGCAAGGCUUUUAGGCAAUCUGCACCUUUCAAGGUUCACAUACGGACGCACACUGGGGAACGGCCUUACGUGUGCGAAUUGUGCACUAAAGGGUUUACGACCAAUCAAGGAUUGAGGUUGCACAAGAGGAAUUGUACUAGUGGUGAUGCCGCUGACGACAAUUACGUCAUUUGCAACAUUAAAAACGAAGACUGUGAAGAAAUACCCAUAAAAAAAGAAUUCAAAUGCCCAAAAUGCCCGAAAACCUUUUCAACAUCCGGCAAACUAAAAGCGCACCGGAAAAUCCAUCUUAAAAGCAACAAAGACUUUGUGGAAACUCACACAUACAAGUUUGACUUUCUCCAAGAUCUCUAUAUAUGCAACACUUGCUCAGCUGAGUUCCAACAAGAAACUGAAGCCAAAGACCACAUAAAAAACAUCCACGAAAAAGAAUACUCCUGCUCUCAAUGCAACAAGAAUUUUAAAACCCUUUACGAAAUGGGUGCGCACUCGUCAGAUCACCACCCUCAAGGGCAUGUGGCGUGCCCUUUGUGCACCUACAAAAGCCCUAAAAAGGGCUCCCUAUUGAUUCACAUAAACUAUGUCCACUUAAAAAAAUUCUCCUACUUUUGUCAAACUUGCGGCAAAGGCUUCAACGACCAUUUACUAUUCAAAGAGCACGCAAACGAACAUUUGGGCGUGCGGCCUUUCGGUUGCGUAGUCUGCGGCAAAACCUUCACCUAUACCAGAUACUUAUACACCCACCAAGUACGCGCCCACAGAGUAUCCAUCGACGGUAUCCUCCUACCAAACCAGUGCUCCUAUUGCAAUCGCAAAUACAGCAAAUCCGAAACCCUGGAAAAGCACAUGGAAGAGUCGCACUUGAAGCAGGGCCCGCACGAAAAGAAGCACCUGUGCGAAACUUGCGGCAAAGGCUUCGCGCAACGCAGCAAACUGGUGAUUCACGAGCGCGUUCAUACCGGUUAUAAGCCGUACGCCUGUGCGCAUUGCGGCAAAUGCUUUACUAAAAAGGACUAUUUGGUGAUGCACGAGCGGGUGCACAGCGGCGAAAAGCCUUACGGCUGCGAGUAUUGCGGCAAACGGUUUAGCCAAGGCGCUCCUUUGAGGAUUCAUUUGAGGAUUCAUACUGGGGAGAAGCCUUAUGAAUGUUCGUUGUGUAAGGCGAGGUUUAGUUCUAAGUCGGCACUGAAGUGUCAUAAGAAUUGUAUAUAUAAUUCGAAGAAACGGGGCAAAGGACGUCCAAAAAAGCUCCUGAGCUGUCCAAAAUGCCCGAAAACCAAAUUCAAAACUCAAAAACUAGCCAAUUUGCACAAGCACUUUCACCAAGACUCUUCGUAUUUCAAUUUCGACAAGCACUAUCGCGUAUUUAGCUGCUUAUAUUGCCAGGCCGAAUUUUCCAAAAAGAAAAAAGCCCUAGAACACUCAACGAAGCAUUCAAUAAACUGCGAAGAAUGCUCAGAACAAUGCGACAAUGCUUUUCUACUAAGCUUGCACAUGGCAAAACACAAUGAAGAAAACAAACUCGUUUGCCCUUUGUGUAACUCGCAAACACACAAAAGCGUUUUGGAAAUAAGAAAGCAUAUAGCAAAAGAGCAUUUUGAAGACAAACCAGAAAUGCUUCAAUGCGAUACCUGCAAUAAACAAUUCACAAAAAUAAAAGACUUAAGGAACCAUCAAAAACUCCACAAAGUUGAACGCUUAGAGUCCUUAUACACCUUCAACUUAUUAAGAAAUUCAUAUUCUUGCGACACUUGCCUGCAAGAAUUCCCUACAAAACAAGACAUAGAUGUUCAUGUAGAAACUCACUCAUACACUUGUCCAGUUUGUUCAAAGAAAUUCAAAAAAGCCCUUUUGAUUGGGCUUCACAUGGCAGAACAUAACGACGAAGGCAUCAUCAGUUGCCCAAUGUGCAGCCACGAUUUCAAAACAAAAUGCAAAAGUCGCCUAAUAAGACACAUAAGGCAAACGCACCAAAAAGAACGCCCAAAAACAAGCCAAUGCGAAUAUUGCGGCUCUUCAUACCUAUCAAAAACCAUGCUUGAAGACCACAUCCGAGUUGUCCAUCUACAAAAAGAACCAUACAAAUGUAUUGUAUGUGGUAACACCUUUACGUUACAAUCAAGCAUGCGAAUUCAUCAAAUCAACAAACACAGAGUUGUAGACGAAAGCGAAAUGUCUUCAAACUAUUGCGCCUUAUGUAAAAUGAGCUUCAAAAGACCAACUUCUUUGGCUAAGCAUUUAGAAAUGAAACGUUGUAUACCCACACCGAGAGUCGAAAGGCAAGGCCACUUCGUUUGCGACCUUUGCGGCAAAGAAUUCCGCUUCUACAAAACCUUCAAUUUGCAUUUGCGAGAUCACGCAGGCGACAAACCUUACAAAUGUUCGUUUUGUCCCAAAUCUUUUGUGAUUAAUUCGAAAAGGCUUUCUCACGAAGUGUCGCACACUGAUCAAAGGCCUUUUUCGUGCGAAACUUGCGGGCAAAGCUACAAGACUUGGAAACAUCUUAGGAGGCAUUUGGUGGUGCAUGGGACUCAGCUUAAGGCGACGGUUAAUUGUGCGUUUUGCGGGCAAGAGUUUGGGACUAAGGAAACGCAAAGGGCUCAUAUGAAGAUUUGUGACAGGAGUAAACCUGUUAAUGGUUAA